AUGGCUGCUGCUGCUCGGACACUUCGAAUUGGUCUCAUCCCCGGAGAUGGCAUCGGGCGGGAGGUGAUCCCGGCUGGUCGCCGUAUUUUGGAAGCCCUACCUUCCUCUCUCAACCUCAACUUCAGCUUUGUCAACCUCGACGCUGGCUUUGAGACCUUCCAGAAGACGGGCUCCGCCUUGCCCGACAAGACCGUGGACACACUCAAGAAGGAGUGUGAUGGUGCUCUCUUCGGAGCUGUGAGCUCCCCGAGUACCAAGGUCGCUGGCUACUCUUCCCCCAUCGUCGCUCUUCGCAAGAAGCUUGACCUGUAUGCCAACGUCAGACCGGUCAAGACCACCGCCGGCAGCAGCAACGGCAAGCCGAUUGACUUGGUUAUCGUGCGUGAGAACACCGAAGAUCUGUACGUCAAGGAGGAGCGCACCGAAGAGGGUCCCAACGGCAAGGUCGCCGAAGCCAUUAAGCGUAUCUCUGAGCGUGCCUCUCACCGCAUUUCCACCAUCGCCGGUGAGAUUGCCCUCCGUCGCCAGGGAAUCCGAGAAGCGGCCCCCGGAACUUCUUCUCACACACAGCCCAUGGUGACCAUCACGCACAAGUCCAAUGUGCUGUCCCAGACCGACGGCCUCUUCCGCGAGACUGCGCGCCAGGCCCUUGCCGCUGAGAAGUUCUCCUCCAUCCACGUGGAGGAGCAGAUUGUCGAUUCCAUGGUCUACAAGCUCUUCCGUCAGCCCGAGUACUACGAUGUCAUUGUGGCUCCCAACUUGUAUGGUGAUAUUCUGUCCGACGGUGCCGCCGCUCUGGUUGGCAGCUUAGGUUUGGUCCCCAGUGCCAAUGUCGGUGACGGUUUCGCUAUCGGUGAGCCCUGCCACGGCUCCGCCCCGGACAUUGAGGGCAAGGGCAUCGCCAACCCCAUCGCUACUUUGCGCUCCGUUGCUCUGAUGCUUGAAUUCUUGAACGAGCCCGAUGCGGCUGCCAAAAUUUACACCGCCGUCGACGCCAACCUGGAUGAGGCCAAGUUCCUGUCCCCCGAUAUGGGCGGCAAGGCGACCACUCAGGAGGUUCUCGAUGACGUCCUCAAGAGACUGUAA